CGCCUGUUGCCUUUUUACAAUUUCAAAUAUAUAAUUCUCGGCCCCCCAGGCUUAAAUUUGUUCGUCUGUACCAGCGUUGCGAUUCUUCGCAGUGUCUUGCAUGAUCGGCUCGUCAUUUCUGUUGUUGUUUGCUUUUGUACUGAGAUACAUCGAUUUGUAGAUCAUUUUCACCGUCACCGCCUUUGCAUUUUCUUCAUUUCGACCUGUCGUUACAGAAGUCUCUAACUGGACAACCUUGUACCAGUAACGUAGCCAGAGCCGCACUGAGUAUUGGCCGACCGAACCGAUAGUCGAAAGGAAUCCAAGUUCCUAUAUAACCAAGAUGAAUUCGGUCAUUGAUUCCAUGUCAAAUGCAGGGAUCCCGAUUCCGUCAUUAUUUCAACAGAAGAUGGGGAAUAGCUCGGCAAACAUCACUCAGGGCUCUAAUACCGUGCCAUUUCCUCCGGGAAUAAUGGACUCGAUCUUAUCGACAGCAAGCCAUGCUUCUCCACUAUCCCAGAUGUUGCUCUUUGUUUAUCGCCUUCUUGGUGCCCAUCUGGGAAUCGAUCCGUCAAUCAUCCUUACGACGCUUGGCUUCGUUUGGGGCAUCUCCAAACUAUUCACCCAGCUUUACAACUACUUCAUCGCUUUUGUCAACACCUACUUCAUGUGCUCAAUGAAUGUUUCAGAGGAUGAUAGAAUCUAUGAGCAUUUGAUGAAGUGGAUGGCGCAGCAUCCUAGCAUUGUACGAAACAAAGAUUUAACUGCUCAGACAGUCUGGAAGAGUGCAUGGGACGAGGACGACAAUGAAGAGGAAGAAGCUAAGGCGCUGUUUUGGACAGACGGAGGAGAUGAAGAUGGCACUGAGCACAAGUAUUUGAACUUUUCAAACCAAGCUGCCCGAUCUACACCACGAUUUGUUCCGGCGAUGGGUUCCAGCGGGUUCUGGCAUCGGGGAACGUACUUUAAAGUGUUUCGUGCGAGAGAAUCGUUUGCAGGUAGUAGGGGAUGGGGUCUGAUGAGGGAUGUUGAGCAACUGACAGUGUCAUGCUAUGGGCGAUCUAUUGAACCCAUAAAGCAGCUCCUGCUUGAUUCAAAGAUGCUAUUUUAUGCAGACACCUCCCAAAGGACUACAAUUUACCGACCAAGAGCCAAGGAGAUGCGCCGCGAUUAUAACAUGUGGCAACAGGUUGCCAGACGACCAGUUCGACCGAUGCGCACGGUAGUACUAGACGCUAAAGAAAAGCAUGCUGUGCUAUCCGAUGUCAACGAAUACCUACAUCCGUCCACACCGCGUUGGUAUGCUUCAAGAGGUAUCCCACUCCGACGUGGUUAUCUCUUCCAUGGUCCACCAGGAACUGGCAAAACUAGUUUCUCCUUCGCAUUGGCUGGUGUCUUUGGCAUAGACAUAUAUGUCAUCAGUCUCCAAGAUGCCAGUGUGACCGAAGAAGACCUUGCGGUCUUGUUCACUAAGCUGCCUCGCCGAUGCGUUGUUCUCCUUGAAGAUAUUGACACUGCCGGUCUUAGACGCGACCCAGAUACAAGCGCCGACGCAGAAAAGGGAGAAGAUGAGAGCGCCAAGAAACAGGCCGAAGCUCAGAAAGAGAAAGAAAAGGCGGCUGCAAAGAAGAAAGCAAAAAAGCGAGCCAAGAACAAGUCCAAGAAAUCCAAGAAAGCAGCUGUGAACGGUGACAGCAAAAAGUCGUCCAAGUCAACAGUUGAUGCAGAUUCUGAUUCUGAUUCUGAUGACUCGAGCUCGAGCUCAAGCUUAAGCUCAAGCGAUAGUGAUAGCGACGAGAGCGUAGAAGAAGUGACGUCAAAGUCAAAGGGGAAACGGGACGGUGCCCGGAAAUCGAGGCAAAGCAAGAAAGCAAUCUCGCUUUCUGGCCUUCUCAAUGCAAUCGAUGGUGUGGCUUCUCAUGAAGGGCGUAUAUUGAUCAUGACAACCAACAAACCAGAAUCUUUGGAUGAGGCUCUAGUUCGCCCCGGUAGAGUUGACGUCCAAGUUGGGUUUGGAAAUGCUAGCUGUUACCAAGCAGAAGAGUUAUUCUUACGAAUGUAUGAGGUAGUCUCCCGGUCCCAGAAAGCAAAGGAUCAAGUUUCAGGCACAGGAAGCUCUAAACAGGAUGCCAAUGGCGUUCUCGCAAAGCAGGCUCGACAGGCAUAUGGCCUGGAUGUUGAUGAGACAGAAAUGAAACGACUUGCUAAGGAAUUUGGCAAAAAGGUCCCAGCCUCCGUGUUCUCACCUGCUGAGUUGCAAGGCUUCCUGUUGAAGAGGAAGAAGAGUCCUUUGACGGCAUUGGAAGAGCUGGAUGCUUGGAUCAAGGGAACGUUGAAGCAAAAGGAAGCCAAGUCCAAAGUGACUCUUGUUCAAUGAGGUCACAACCCGACACUUAGUAUGACUAAAGCUAUGCAAAGUUCAUAUUUUUACGUUAAAUAUUAUUAUUGUCAUUAAAAAGUUAUGCAAAAAAAGAAGCCAACCCCUUACGGAAUUCAAUCGUGAUGAUUUGGAUAGGAAAAGCCCAAUGCGGGGGUCGAACCCGCAACCUUG